AUGGCUGACAGCCCUCCAAAGCUCCUCCCUGCUCCCCUCCCCAGAGUUGAAUUCCUCAAGUCCUCCCAUUUCAAAAUUGGGCCUGACAUCCGCCUCCUGGAAGGGUGUAUGAAGACUACUUUUGAUAGCUGUUUCCCUGCCCACUGGGGCGUCCAUACAGCUGCCCCCUUUGUGCCAAGCCCCAGCAAGGGGCUCUUCCAUCAGGACUUGGAAAAGAUCCGAGAGAUUGACACCGAGAUGCAUACAGCCUUUCCUGUCCACGACCUGAGCAGCUCUCAAUCAAGCAUCAACUUGCCGAUGCAAACCAGCAACCUGAAGAUGCACGGAGACCCCCGAAUCAAAGUCUUCAAGACCACUUUCCAAGAGAAGUAUACCUACCCGGGACCUGAAGACUUCAAUCCUUUCACCAAGGAAGCCCGCAGGCAGUUCGAUAAAGAUAGCUUCCCCAGUGGAGACAGAGACAAGUUGGGGAUCCCCCUGUCUCACAAUCGUCAGGUCUUCGUGCCCCAGCACCGGUUCCCCCAAGUCCAAGCUCCUACCCUGCACCUGGGAGGACCUUCUCCUCUGAAGUGGGGAAUGGAGACUUAUCCAGAUACCUCCUAUAGAGAGGAAUUCCAAGGAAAAUAUAUUUCUCCUCACCACCUCUGUGAGAAGCUGAAUUCCCACCUGCAGUUAGGAGACUCCAGAAUUGGCUUAGAAGGAAUCCGUUCAGAGCAGAAGAAUGCCUAUACUCCUCAGGGCCUGCCCCAGCACAGGUAUAACAAGAAAGAGGCUGCAGCCAACAUUUUCCAGGUGCACAUCCAGCCUAGGGAUGGCCAUUUCCACGCUUAUUCCCCAGGUUACAAGGACAUGGCUUCUGUGGAAACAUCUGAGCCCGUCUUCAAGCAGCAACCCCUAUCAGAUUCACUACUACUGAAGGGAGACCAAGACCCUGAAAGAUGCCGGGAAAGAAGCAACUUCACCACAAAUCACCACUUCUUUACCUGGAUGAAGCCUGAAGAAAGUACCAGGGGACGAAUCAAUACGCUGAAAAGUCAUGUGAUCUUGGGGGAGAAGAAUCCAAAGCCAGAAAACAUGGUCACCACACACCAGAAGUGUUUCUCAUACCCCAAACCAUCUUCAUCAGGGACAGUUAGGACUCGUUUGCUCUUGGAAAGUAAUGUCAAGUUGGGUACCAAUGAGAUGGAUUUCCUGACAACCUCGAGUCAGUUGGGACCCCAUUCAGUCAAGAAGAAUCCAGUGCCUGAGGAGAUAAAGGAGAGGGUUAAAUAUGCCCACAUCCUGCCCCCUCAGCCUGACCACGAAUUUUCCACCGAAUACAAGGACAGCUACCCAUUCAAAUAUGUUGGUCCAUUGGUCCAGCGGGAGAGUGACUUUCAAGAAAGCAGCGUGCCCCUGGGUUUGCAGAAGCGCUGGGCAGGCAAAGAAAUUGUGAUCCCCUGCUGA